AACCUGAAUGAAACCAGCAUUGUGUCUGGAGGCUACGGAGGGGCAGCGGAGGGCAUCAUACCCACCAGUUCCAUCAAAGGACCAGCUAUACGUUUCAACCCGGAGUAUUUUGACAGAAGAUGUGGCAACGCGCCCAAACCAGGGAGCUGAGGACAGUCGCAUGGUGGAUGCAUGUUUGCUCAUGCAACAUAAACCUCUUGUUUGUUUUAAAUUGACUGUAGACAUGUUUGUAACAAAAAUGUUUGUGAGCUGAUUUAUAUAUAUGUGGAAUGCACAAUAAUUCCUUUAAUGGUGUUUCUUUAUGCUCAAUAACAUGACUUGCCUUAACACAUUAACAUUAACAAACCUAACUGAUGCAGUCUGUGGCGGUCCAUGAGGAUUUAAAAAAAUACUGUAUGUAUUAUUUAAAUUUAUUUGAUAUGUUGUGUCAUUUGAAUAUCCAUUCUGUUUGGUCAGUUUAUCAGAAGAGCCUUUAUGUUGUUAUUGUCCUCUGAAAUUUGUGAAGUAAUUAAAACAGUUAAGUUGAAUAUGACUUUAUAUAUUGAAAACUGACGAGAAUUUUCUAAAUAUGUGACACUAUUUAAAUGUAAAUGUAAGUAAUAUUUGACAAUAGAUCAGUUUUUACAGUUUUUUAUAAAUGCAGCCUCACUGAUCAUAAGAAACUUUGAAAAAACAUUGAAAAAAAUCUUGCCAACCAAUGGUAGUUUGUGUAUACAGUUUUUUACACAUUUAUGCUGACCGUCACUGUACAAAGUCAGUCUUUUAGCAGCAGUCUUGUUUUUCAUUCGUUUCAGCCUCUACUUCUAACUUUUAUCACCUAACCAUUUUAUAAAGAUGCAAUUUUAAUCUCUUUUGGUCACCUUGUCCUAAAUAAACCUCCUUAAUAAAACUUCUCCUUUUAAGAAUCCACUGUUCAUUUUUGUUAAAACAUCACAAUGCUUCAUGUAUACAUCAUAAUCACCAAUAUUAUUGUUGUUUUGAUCAAUUUUGAUUAUUCAGUCUAUGAACUCAUUAUGCAUUUGAUUAUGUUUACUAAAAUCUCCACUCCAGAAUAAUCAUCGUACCACCCAGUUCAUGUGCAUUACUCAUCCGUAUUACCACAAAACACUAAAUGUUGCAAUUUCCCUAAUUGCCUUUCACUUAAACUAAACCUCCAUCCCAUUCCUCCACCCGUCCACUGUUAUUCAUUCAUUUCAGAUAUCCGUUCCAAAUCCAGGGGCAUCACUCCCAGCCAUUCAGCCUCCAGUCGGAUAGCAAACCAGCCAGGACAUUACCCAGCUCCCAGCAUGCACCACAGUAACAGCAACCCAUCCAUGAUGUCAGAGGAGGCCACAAGAGGAGUAGCUGUUGAGAAAUUUGACAGUGUGAAAAAGUGGAGCAUUAACACGUACAAGUGCACAAAGCAGAUGUUUUCGGAGCGCUUCGGUCGUGGCACAAAGACGGUGGACCUGGAGCUUGAGGCUCAGAUUGAUGUGCUAAGAGAGACUAAGAUGAAGUACGAGCAAAUUCUGAGACUAGCACGUGAGCUCACCAGCCAUUUCUACAACAUGGUGCAGACUCAACAGGCUCUUGGAGACACCUUUGCUGAUCUUAGCCAGAAAUCACCAGAACUGCAGGAUGAGUUUGGCUAUAAUGCAGAGACACAAAGACUGCUAUGCAAAAAUGGAGAGACGCUCCUGGGUGCCAUCAAUUUCUUUGUGUCCAGCAUUAAUACACUAGUCAACAAAACCAUGGAGGACACACUCAUGACCAUCAAGAUGUAUGAGAAUGCAAGACUGGAGUUCGAUGCCUAUAGAACUGACCUGGAGGAGAUGAGUGUGGGUCCGCGGGACGCUGCAGCAAUGGUGCGCAUUGAGAUAGCUCAACAGCAGUACCAAAUCCAUAAAGACAAGUAUGAACGACUACACAGUGAUGUCAGCGUCAAGCUCAAAUUUUUGGAGGAGAAUAAGGUAAAGGUGAUGCACAAGCAGCUCCUACUGUUUCAUAAUGCUGUCUCUGCGUAUUUCGCUGGAAACCAGCAGCAGCUUGAACAGACUCUCAGACAGUUCAACGUGAAAUUGAAGCCACCGGGUUCUGACAAGCCUUCCUGGCUUGAGGAGCAGUGAUCACUUUGUCAAUGUAAAGAGACACUCGAACAUGGAAACCCGAAAAUGGAUGGGCGGGGAUGAUAAAGUGGUUUGUAUGAAUGAUUCAGAUAAAAGAAGUAGUUGUUUUUACAUUGCCAAACCUUGGAAAGAUGCCCAGAACAUCUUGAAAUAAAUAUUACAUUUAUCCAAAUGGCUUAUGGAAACUAACUGUGGUUGCGUUUUACAGCUGCCUUAACUAUAUCGUAUACAUUCAAAAUAAUAUGUCGCAAAAUUACAAUUCAAAUCAAUCACAUAAAUCAUGUUCUGUAAAAACGUAAACAUUUUCUGAGGCAUUCAUAGUCCUAUUCACAAAACUGUUCCAUAUACAGUGAGCACCUCACAGGCCAAUUUAUAUUCUUUGUUUUAUCAUAGAGUAGAGCCGUUUGUUUUUAAUGUAAGGUUGUUUGAAAGAGGACUGUGUCGUGGUAAAAGAAUAAAAAUUGCUCACAGUACAUGUCAUAAGAAGGUUAAUAAUAUAUUUAUAUUUAUGUAAAUUGUGAAGUCCUAUCUAUGAAAUUAAAACACAUUGGAAAGCGA